AGUGCUGCGGGAGACCCCGGGAAGGCCAAGCCAUGACUUCAGGAUCAGUGCACGUGGACUCCAAAGCUGAGCUCACUACCUUGUUAGAGCAGUGGGAAAAGGAACAUGGCAGCGGGCAAGAUAUGGUGUCUAUCCUCACCAGGAUGUCAGAGUUGAUUGAGAAAGAAACUGAAGAAUAUCGUAAGGGAGAUCCAGAUCCAUUUGAUGAUAGACAUCCUGGUCGAGCUGAUCCCGAAUGUAUGCUGGGCCACCUAUUGAGAAUACUCUUUAAGAAUGAUGAUUUCAUGAAUGCAUUGGUGAAUGCAUAUGUGAUGACAAGCAGAGAGCCUCCUUUGAACACAGCUGCUUGCAGACUCUUGUUAGAUAUCAUGCCUGGGCUGGAAACUGCUGUUGUCUUUCAAGAAAAGGAAGGAAUUGUUGAGAACCUGUUCAAAUGGGCAAGAGAGGCUGAUCAACCACUGAGGACUUAUUCCACUGGAUUGUUGGGAGGUGCUAUGGAAAACCAAGACAUUGCUGCCAACUAUAGGGAUGAGAACUCACAGUUGGUGGCUUUAGUUCUUCGGAGACUUAGGGAACUGCAGGUUCAUGAAAUGACUUUACGGCAGGAAAAUAAACGUCCCAGCCCUCGAAAGUUGCCCUCAGAACCGCUGUUGCCACUGGAUGAAGAAGCGGUGGACAUGGACUAUGGGGAAAUGACAAUGGAUGGAGAACAAGAAGAGACCUCUGGGGAUAUGGAGAUUUCCUUUCACCUUGAUUCGGGCCAUAAGACUAGUAGCAGAGUGAAUUCAACCACCAAACUUGAGGAUGGAGGGUUGAGAAAAAGUAAAAUGGCAAAACAGGGUGACAGAGAUGGCUUCAGAAAGGCCAAGCAAAAGUUGGGCUUCUCAACUUCUGAGCCAGAACGCAUGUUUGUUGAACUCUCUAACAGCAGCUGGUCAGAAAUGUCCCCUUGGGUUAUUGGUACUAAUUAUACCCUUUAUCCUUUGACUUCUGCUUUAGAGCAACGACUUAUUCUUCAAUACUUGACCCCACUAGGAGAGUAUCAGGAGCUGCUUCCCAUUUUCAUGCAGCUUGGAUCACGGGAGCUGAUGAUGUUCUAUAUUGACUUGAAAAGGACAAAUGAUGUAUUGCUCACCUUUGAGGCUCUGAAGCACUUGGCAUCACUUCUACUCCACAACAAGUUUGCCACAGAGUUUGUUGCACAUGGAGGAGUACAAAAGUUAUUGGAAAUCCCUCGUCCUUCUAUGGCUGCUACUGGUGUGUCCAUGUGUUUAUAUUAUCUAUCUUAUAACCAGGAUGCUAUGGAACGAGUCUGCAUGCAUCCCCAUAAUGUUCUGUCAGAUGUAGUGAACUACACCUUGUGGCUAAUGGAGUGUUCCCAUGCAUCAGGAUGCUGCCAUGCUACCAUGUUUUUCUCUAUUUGCUUCUCUUUUCGUGCGGUCUUGGAACUCUUUGACCGGCAUGAUGGUCUUCGUCGCCUGGUCAACUUGAUCAGUACCCUAGAAAUUCUAAACUUGGAAGAUCAGGGUGCUCUUCUGAGUGAUGAUGAAAUAUUUGCCAGCCGCCAAACUGGGAAGCAUACCUGCAUGGCACUUCGCAGGUACUUUGAAGCCCACCUGGCCAUUAAAUUAGAACAGGUGAAGCAGUCGCUUCAGAGGACAGAAGGUGGUAUUCUUGUCCAUCCACAGCCACCAUAUAAGGCAUGUUCUUAUACUCAUGAGCAGAUUGUGGAGAUGAUGGAGUUUCUCAUAGAGUAUGGACCAGCUCAGUUAUACUGGGAACCAGCUGAAGUCUUCCUCAAACUUUCUUGUGUGCAACUCAUGUUGCAGCUUAUCUCCAUUGCCUGCAACUGGAAAACCUACUAUGCAAGGAAUGAUACUGUACGCUAUGCAUUAGAUGUCCUGGCUAUUCUCACUGUGGUACCAAAAAUCCAGCUGCAAUUAGCUGAAUCAGUGGAUGUGUUAGAUGAAGCUGGAUCCAUUGUCUCUACAGUAGGUAUCAGCAUCAUCCUGGGAGUGGCUGAGGGUGAGUUCUUUAUCCACGAUGCUGAAAUUCAGAAAUCAGCUCUUCAGAUCAUUAUCAAUUGUGUGUGUGGCCCAGAUAAUCGAAUCUCUAGUAUUGGCAAGUUCAUCUCUGGAACCCCAAGGCGGAAGUUGCCUCAGCCUCCAAAAAGAAAUGAGCAUACUCUGGCCAAGAUGUGGAAUGUGGUUCAGUCCAACAAUGGCAUUAAGGUGCUGUUGUCACUGUUGUCCAUCAAGAUGCCCAUCACUGAUGCAGACCAGAUCAGAGCACUAGCAUGUAAAGCCCUGGUUGGACUUUCCCGCAGUAGUACUGUUCGGCAGAUCAUCAGCAAGCUGCCUCUCUUCAGUAGCUGCCAGAUCCAGCAGCUGAUGAAGGAGCCUGUCUUGCAGGACAAGCGCAGUGACCAUGUCAAGUUCUGCAAAUAUGCUGCUGAGUUGAUUGAGCGUGUAUCAGGAAAGCCCCUCCUUAUUGGUACUGAUGUCUCUCUUGCACGGCUGCAGAAAGCAGAUGUGGUAGCCCAGUCUAGAAUCUCCUUUCCAGAGAAAGAAUUGCUUCUCUUAAUCCGAAACCAUCUCAUCUCCAAAGGGCUGGGAGAGACUGCAACAGUCCUUACCAGAGAGGCUGAUCUACCCAUGACUGCUGCAUCUCAUUCCUCUGCCUUCACACCUGUCACAGCUGCUGCUUCCCCUGUCUCUCUGCCUCGUACCCCUCGCAUUGCCAAUGGCAUUGCAGCCAGACUAAACAGCCAUGCCAAUGUAGCCUCCCCGGCCUCUUCUGUCCACUCUCAGUCACGGCCUCCACAGGGUCCACUUGCCCUGCCUGGCCCGUCUUAUGCAGGCAGCUCUCCUUUGAUUGGCAGGAUCAGUUUUAUCAGGGAGAGGCCAUCGCCUUGCAAUGGCAGGAAAAUCAGAGUGUUACGGCAGAAAUCGGACCAUGGCGCCUACAGCCAAAGUCCAGCCAUAAAAAAGCAGUUGGACAGGCAUCUUCCUUCCCCUCCCACGCUGGACAGUAUCAUCACAGAAUACCUUAGGGAGCAGCAUGCUCGCUGCAAGAACCCAGUUGCCACCUGUCCCCCUUUUUCUCUUUUUACCCCUCACCAGUGUCCUGAGCCAAAACAAAGGCGGCAAGCGCCAACAAACUUUACCUCGAGGCUAACCCGCAGAGCAGCCUUUCCGAAGUAUGGAGGGGUAGAUGGUGGGUGCUUUGAUAGGCACCUUAUCUUCAGCAGGUUCCGUCCCAUUUCAGUGUUUCGGGAAGCAAAUGAGGAUGAAAGUGGUUUUACCUGCUGUGCAUUCUCAGCCCGAGAGAGGUUUCUAAUGCUUGGCACGUGUACAGGGCAGCUGAAACUUUACAAUGUUUUCAGUGGGCAGGAAGAGGCUAGUUAUAACUGUCAUAACUCUGCCAUCACACAUCUCGAACCAUCUAGGGAUGGAUCUUUGUUGUUAACAUCUGCCACUUGGAGCCAGCCUCUUUCUGCACUCUGGGGGAUGAAAUCAGUGUUUGAUAUGAAGCAUUCCUUCACAGAAGACCACUACGUAGAGUUCAGCAAGCACUCACAAGAUAGGGUCAUUGGCACAAAAGGGGACAUUGCCCAUAUUUAUGACAUUCAGACUGGCAACAAGCUGUUGACUCUCUUUAACCCAGAUCUUGCCAACAACUACAAGAGGAAUUGUGCCACGUUUAAUCCUACAGAUGAUUUAGUCUUAAAUGAUGGAGUUCUCUGGGAUGUUCGUUCUGCGCAGGCCAUACAUAAGUUUGACAAGUUCAACAUGAACAUCAGUGGUGUUUUCCAUCCUAAUGGACUAGAAGUCAUAAUUAAUACUGAAAUUUGGGACCUUCGAACUUUCCAUUUGCUGCACACAGUCCCAGCUUUGGAUCAGUGUCGUGUAGUUUUCAACUAUACGGGUACAGUGAUGUAUGGAGCUAUGCUACAGGCAGAUGAUGAAGAUGACUUAAUGGAAGAGAGGAUGAAAAGCCCCUUUGGAUCAUCUUUCAGAACAUUCAAUGCAACAGAUUAUAAACCUAUAGCUACCAUUGAUGUGAAACGAAAUAUUUUUGACCUGUGCACUGACACCAAGGACUGUUACCUUGCUGUUAUUGAGAAUCAAGGCAGUAUGGAUGCCCUGAACAUGGACACAGUAUGCAGGUUGUAUGAGGUGGGCAGGCAGCGCCUGGCAGAAGAUGAAGAUGAGGAAGAGGAUCAGAAGCGGAUGGAGGAAGAAGAACAAGAGGAAGAAGAUGAUGAUGAAGAUGAUGAUGACACAGAUGACCUUGAUGAACUUGACACUGAUCAGCUGCUGGAAGCAGAGUUAGAGGAGGAUGAAAACAAUGAGAACGCUGGCGAGGAUGAGGAUGGUGAUAAUGACUAUUCUCCUUCAGAUGAAGAGCUGGCUAACUUGCUUGAAGAGGGAGAUGAAGGGGAAGAUGAAGACUCUGAUGCUGAUGAGGAAGUUGAACUGAUACUGGGAGACACUGAUAGCUCAGAUAACUCCGAUUUGGAAGAUGACAUCAUCUUAUCUUUGAAUGAGUGAAGAGUGACCAUCGUGUGGAUGCCCACUGAAGAAGUUCUCUUCCUGGCAGGCAGGAGACCAAAUGAGCAGCGAAUUCAGAACAAGCCUCUCUGACGCCUCUUCUCCCCUCUCUCCCAUCCCGGUCUCUAUCCCUCUCCCAGGGAUGUGUGUUUUUCGAGAAUCUGUAGGCUUCACGCUUGGAGGGUUUUGGCUUAAGCAGAGAAUCAGUUGUGCCCAGAAGUGGCCAUUCAAUAAAGAGAUCAGGGGUUAGGCCUUUUUUCUGCCUUCUUUUCCCCCACUUCCUCCAGGAUGGACAAAUCUUUCCUUAAGGAAAAGCCCCACUUCUCUGGGGAUAUUUCACAGUAUAUUUUCUUUGUAUAAAGUUCUUUACUAAAGAACAAGAAAAUAGUUUUAUAUAAAAGCAAAAAAAAAAAAAAUUGCAGGUGUUUAUAGCAAAGAGGGUGUGAACUUAUAUCCACUGGGUACCUUGUCCCCUAAGCUUCAUUUCCUUUGGGAGAAAGUGAUGCCCGAAGAUCAAUAUAAAGAGGCGUUUUUACACGAGUAUUUAAAAUGAAAAGGAAAAUCGUGGUUUCUUAAAUUGAUAAGGAUUAAGACUAUUUUAUUAUAAAUAUAAUAUAUGAUUUUUAAAAAAAAAAGUUUUGUUGCCUCACAUGCUGUCAGGGUGUUGGUGUUUUUUCCUUGACUUGAGGUGCCUUCGUGCCAGAACUGGGGAGGAAGGCGGGCAUGGACUGCUGUUUGCCAUGUAUAUGCACACAUUCAUUCACUCACCCUCACGGAAUGGCAGGCAGGAGCAAGUCCUGGCAUUUUGGUCAUUGUGGAUACUGGUUUUGUGGAGAUGAGGGAACUUGUGAUAUAAGUUCACUCCCUCUAUUUUUCUUUGUGAUUCGGUUUUUUUAAAUCUUUUUUUUCUUCCCUUUCUCCUGUGUGGAAAUUACAAAUCAAAGGCCUUUUUCUUUAAUGUAAAGUGUAUUUAUUUAAAAAAAAGUACAAAAUAAACUACAAGUCUGUCUUUGUU